AACGCCGCCUACUCCGCUUCGGAAUGGCACACGUCUGUGAUCGAGCUGCCAUCGGCGAUGACGAUCGUCGCUGCGAAUUUUGCAGCAGACUAUUCAUACAGAGGAAGAACAUGCUGCAACACAUCAGGAACGUUCACAAAAUGGCCGUGGAUGUCAAGAAAUUGAUGAAAUGCGACGUAUGUGGCACUUCCCUGCCUACAAUGGAGAAGUAUUCGGUGCACCAGAUCGCUGCGCACAACUUCGAGGUUGACUACGUGCACCUGGUGUUCCGGAACAAUAAGGAAUUUCAUGAAUGGAAAGCAGAAGAAGAGGGUAGCCAAAACUGCUGGUUCAUUUUGCCCAGGGACCCCAAAAAGCUGGCCAGUGGAGAGACAAGGAUCCACUAUUAUUGUAAUAGAUCAGGUGAGGCAAGGAAAAGGGAAGGUCAUAGUGACCGUCGGGAGAAAAGUCAGGGGAGCUGUAGGUCUGGUAAGAUAUGUCUUUCAUUUAUUACCGUCACAAUGGACAACACUCAGAGUCCGACACCUGAAGGCAUCACCAUAAAAGUCAGGUAUAAAAGAAACUAUUACGGUCAUAAACCAGAAAUUCAGCACUUGAGAAUCAGUGACAAGGAAAAGGCCAGCGUAGCAGAGAACCUAGAAAGAGGUGUGCCCAUGAAAACAAUUCUAAAGCGAAUAAGAACAUCUGUGGCAUCCAAGCUGAGGCCAGUGCACUUGGCAGAGUGCUCAACCCUGCAUAACAUCAAACAGCAGUUUAACGUUGCUGCUCCUGAACAUUGUCAGACUAAUGACGCUAUCAGUGUAGACACAUGGGUGCUUGUGAUGAAAGAAAAAGGUUAAACAUUUGUCCGCCUGUACAAGGCACAAGGUGCAGUGGACCCAAGUGGUACAUUUCCUUCAGCGGACUUUGUUCUUGUUCUGAUGACAGAGCCUCAGAAGGAGCUACUAGAAAAAUUGGGCCCUGCAGGAACUGUAUGUCUUGACUCCACACAUGGAACUACAGAGUACCUGUUUGAGCUGACCACUCUUCUGGUGCUAGAUAAAGUAGGAUCAGGUGUAGCUAUAGCUUAUUUCAUCUGCAACCGGAUGAACGAGCAAACUUUGACAGCAUUCUUCAAAUAUCUGGAGUCGGCCAUGGCCAAAAAAGUGGCUGCUAAGACAUUGAUAUCUGAUGAUGCGUCGCAAUUCUACAAAGCAUGGUCCAUGGUCAUGGGUGGCGCAAAACAGAAACUUCUCUGUGCCUGGCAUGUGGAUAACAAUUGGCGUAAGAAGAUACUCGAAUGUGUAGAGAAACAGCUAAGGCCACAUGCUUACCAU